AUGGCCCUAUUACAAAAUGAAGAUUUUGCCAUCUGGUUUCUGCGCACAUCUUACCUUGGGAGUGCGAAAGACGGCACUGCAGAGCGACUCAUCAAUGUUAACUCAUCAAUCUUGAAUACUCCUGGGUUCCGCGCAGCAGGCUGGUCAGCGGACCCUGUUCACCGGACAUACUCUCCGCCCAUUCCGACCUCGAUCAACAGCGAGUAUCUUAAGGAAGGCUCCGAGCUGCAGCGGAUAAACUCCCAGGCUGACGAAGAGGAUGAAGGUGGCCUCGUCACUGGUAGAACCAGCAACGACACCAUUGGUCCUGGGUUUAAUGUCAGGCGAAGAAGGAAAAAGGAACAUGUUGAGGAUGACGAUAGCAGCGAUCUCACCGACGAGUCUGACGAGGAGGCCGACGGUGCACAACGUGCUGCGCAGCAAAUUCGUUUCGCAAAGAUGCCUUCCCGCCAUCGAGCCGACUCAUCUCCCAUCCGCGGCUCGGAUGUCGACGGGGAAAGGACAUCCCCUUUGGCAGGCCCUACGGACAACAGGCGCCGAACUGGCUCUCUUGGUGCUGUCGAAGCUGUCAAAGCUCGCGCCAGGCGAGAUACCACCACAAGCAGCGAUAUGUCUUCUGAGAAUGAAGUCGACCCGGCCUAUUUCCAGCGUCGCCAAGUCCAUGCAGGCCAAAGGUCUAAAUCUGCACCCAACCCCGACGAGGCUCCUUUAAGGGUCAACGCAGGUCCAGGUCAACCAGGAGAUGUGCAAGAUGACUCUGAUGCGGAAUCUGUUGGAUCUGCAAUCUCUUCCGAACUGGGCGAGACCAUGGACUCUGCAUCACUCCUCAACACCAUGGAGGAGAGAAACCUUACAUCUACACCGCCCACGCUCGGCAGUUUGACCGGCUCGGGCUCUCGUUCAUCUCUACCAGAAUCACCCAAAAGGCAACGGACGUUGCCAAUCCUGCAUGAGCUACCACCUCCUCGACCUAUUAGUAUGAUACAGCCCAAGAGUCUACUCACAGCGGCCCUCGGUGCUCAAAAAAGGGCCCCGAGCAACCCCGUACAGGCAUUUGCCGGUCUCUCUGGCAAAGGCACUCCUAACCCACUUUGGGUCAAGAUAUACACACCGUUCGCUAGCGAUGCCGAUGAGCCUUUUGAGAUGCCACUUGCUCGUAACUCCAAAGAUGGUAGUCUGGUCACCGUCGCAGAAGCGAUCGGUCACGCUCUGUGGAGAUAUGGGGAGGAAAAGCGGGAACCUCCUCUCAAGCCCGAACAGCUCGAUGUCAACAAGUGGACAUUACGGAUGGUGGAAGAUGGAGAGGUGGAUGAUGAUUUCCCACCGCUCGUCCGUACGAGGCCAAUAGCGGACUUCACGUACAACAACAACAGAGGUGGUCGAGGUCGCGCAAGAGAUCGUCCAUUUGAUGAGUUUGCGCUUGUCGAAGCUUCUGCGGCUCAGUAUGAAGCGAACAAAAGGGAAACGCCUCAGUUCAUACCAGAAGCAGCAGUGGAAGUCGGCCCUGUCGCCGCGCUUGACGGAACUACACCCCAAUCUCAGGCACCACCUCCUCCCCCAGCAAAAGCACUGCCGUCACGGACCAACAUUCUUCUGGCUGGCCAACCAUUCACCUCUGCGCUGAGCAACACAUCUUUAACGCCUGCAGAUCUCCCAGCGCCCGCCGCACCCCAGGCUACUCCACGAAUGGGCGCUACAAAGACGAUUCGAAUACGAUAUCUAAACCUCGAAAUGACCGCCCAGACAAUGACUAUGGAGAUUUCGACGGAUGGUUACAUUGCUGAGAUUUUAGACCAUGUCUGUAAGAGAUGGAAUCUUGAAAAGGCUGGAUUCGUGCUAAAAGUGGCGGGGACAAAUACUGUUGCACCCUUGGAUCGCACUGUGGAAGCUCUAGGGGCUCGAUCUGAGUUGGAUCUUGUGCGUCGAAGAUUCGGUGCCGGUGCCUCUUUGACAGGCUCGCCGGGGAGCUCUUCGCCAAAUGCACCACUCUUGCUAGACAUUCAAGGUCCCAAGAAAGGCAAGAGAGGUCAGCCGCUCCAUCCGUUGGCGCAGAAACAAGACCUUUUAUCGAGUGCCAGCAACUUCAAGAAGUAUUAUGUCACGCGCAAACAGCUAGGCGGAUUUGCUCAAGGGAGUCAAAGGGUGCUUGUGUUUGAUGGCGACAUUAUCCAUGUCAUGCCGGCAGACACCAGCUCCAAUGCAAAGUUCAGCUCGAUCGCAUUCACCGAUAUCCUGAAGUGCAAGGUCAGCUCCAAGCACCCCAAGCUUGUUCGAAUUGUAGUGCGAAGAAUUAACGAGUCGAAACGGUAUGACUUUGAGGCGCGCACAGCAGGCGAGGCGCAGGAGAUUGUGGACGAGGUAACACGGGAAAUGAGGUUGGCACGAACAUGA